ACAAAACAAAUCCGAAUUUUCUAAUUUUCAAACCCUGAUUUCUCUCUCUCUCUCUCUUAAAAUCUUAGUUGCAAAUUCAGUUUUGAAUUUUUUCAGAGCAAAUUAUUCAUUGCGAUUAACGUGUUAAAUCCACAAAUUUCGAAUUGAGUAAUAGCUAUGUCGCUGAGGCCGAAUUCGAGAACGGAGGCUCGCCGGAGCCGGUACAAAGUCGCCGUGGACGCAGAGGAAGGUCGACGAAGAAGAGAAGAUAACAUGGUGGAGAUCCGGAAGAAUAAAAGAGAAGAGAGCUUGCUGAAGAAGCGUCGUGAAGGUUUACUGCAAGCUCAAUUCUCCAGUACUGCAGCCGCCGUCUCUCAAUUAGAUAAGAAGCUGGAGAAUCUUCCUGAUAUGAUUUCCGGGGUAUGGUCAGAUGACAGCAGCAUGCAACUUGAAUGUACAACACAGUUCCGGAAACUGCUUUCAAUUGAACGCAAUCCUCCUAUAGAGGAAGUGAUACAGUCUGGAGUAGUCCCUAGUUUUGUUGAAUUUCUUGCUAGAGAGGACUAUCCUCAACUGCAGUUUGAGGCAGCAUGGGCUCUUACAAAUAUUGCAUCUGGUACAUCAGAAAACACUAAAGUUGUGAUCGAUUAUGGUUCUGUUCCAAUUUUCGUCAGACUUCUAAGUUCACCAAGCGAUGAUGUUCGUGAACAGGCAGUUUGGGCUUUGGGAAAUAUUGCUGGUGACUCACCCAAGUAUCGUGACCUUGUGCUUGGCCAUGGAGCCUUAGCGCCAUUGCUGGCACAAUUCAAUGAGCAUGCAAAGCUAUCUAUGUUGAGAAAUGCUACCUGGACGUUGUCAAACUUUUGUAGGGGCAAGCCUCAGCCGCAGUUCGAGCAGACAAAAGCGGCACUCCCCACUCUUGCUCGACUUAUCCACUCAAAUGAUGAAGAAGUCCUGACAGAUGCAUGCUGGGCUCUAUCAUAUCUUUCUGAUGGAACUAAUGACAAAAUCCAGGCUGUUAUUGAAGCUGGAGUGUGUCCCCGCCUUGUUGAGCUGCUACUUCAUUCUUCGCCAUCUGUUCUCAUUCCUGCCCUGCGCACUGUUGGUAAUAUUGUCACUGGAGACGAUAUCCAAACUCAGGUUAUAAUUGACCAUCAUGCUCUUCCCUGCCUUCUUAACUUGUUGACGCAAAAUUACAAAAAAAGCAUUAAAAAGGAAGCUUGCUGGACAAUCUCGAACAUUACAGCUGGUAGUCGAAAUCAAAUUCAGGCUGUGAUUGAGGCUGGCAUUAUUGCCCCUCUUGUCCAUCUGCUACAAAAUGCUGAAUUUGAGAUAAAGAAAGAGGCUGCUUGGGCUAUUUCAAAUGCUACAUCCGGUGGAAAUCAAGAUCAGAUCAAGUUCUUGGUGAGCCAAGGAUGUAUAAAACCAUUGUGCGAUCUUUUGGUUUGUCCUGACCCAAGAAUAGUCACAGUCUGCUUGGAAGGGCUUGAGAAUAUUCUGAAGAUUGGGGAAGCUGAUAAGGAUCUAGGUAACACAGAAGGCGUGAAUGUUUAUGCCCAAUUGAUUGACGAGGCUGAAGGUCUAGAGAAGAUUGAAAACCUCCAGAGCCAUGACAACACUGAAAUCUAUGAGAAGGCAGUGAAGAUCCUCGAAACUUAUUGGUUGGAAGAGGACGAUGAGCAGCUUCCAUCAGCUGAUGCUCAACAUUCUGGAUUCAACUUUGGAGGGGGUGAACUACCUCUUCCAUCAGGAGGAUUCAACUUCAGUUGAUGAGGUUCGGCCAGCAGGUCAGUCAGUGGUUUCAGAUUGGACACAGCAUCCUUUUUCAUCCAGGUUAACUUAUUCCUGAAGGGAUGCUAUCAAAACUGUUUGUUUCUCAGAGAUGGCAUGGAGAAACAGAUGGAAAACGAGAAGGGACUGUUUGAACACCGUGUAGAGUCGUCUUGUUUUUUU